CUGCAGCUUUCAACGCCCUUGAGAAUGAAUUUGGGUUUAAUUUCCUCUAUACAGGUGUUCCCCCUCAAACACUACCAGGACAAGAUCCGACCUUACAUUCAGCUGCCGUCACACAGAAACAUCACCGGGGUUGUCGAAGUCAUUCUCGGAGACACCAAGGCCUAUGUGUUCUUUGAAAAGGACUUUGGGGACAUGCACUCCUACGUGAGGAGCUGCAAGAGGCUGAGGGAAGAGGAGGCUGCCCGGCUGUUCAAGCAGAUUGUCUCCGCUGUAGCUCACUGCCACCAGUCAGCCAUCGUACUUGGUGACCUCAAGCUCAGGAAAUUUGUCUUCUCUAAUGAAGAGAGGACUCAGCUGCGUCUGGAGAGUCUGGAAGACACACACAUCAUCAAAGGUGAAGACGAUGCACUGUCAGACAAGCACGGCUGCCCGGCGUACGUCAGCCCUGAGAUCCUAAACACGACGGGGACUUACUCUGGAAAAUCAGCCGAUGUGUGGAGUUUGGGAGUGAUGCUUUAUACCCUGCUGGUGGGACGCUAUCCCUUCCAUGACUCGGACCCUAGCACUCUGUUUUCCAAAAUCCGGCGCGGACAGUUCUGUAUUCCUGACCACGUCUCCCCCAAAGCCCGCUGCCUCAUCCGCAGCCUCCUGCGGCGGGAGCCUUCCGAAAGACUCACUGCUCCAGAGAUCUUGCUUCACCCUUGGUUUGAGGCAGUCUUGGAGCCUGGAUAUACAGACCAGGAGACGGGAGCUUCAGAUCAGAUUGUCCCAGAAUAUCAUGGAGACAGUGAUGAUAUUAGUUCCUUCUUCUGCUAACCCCGAAAUCUCAAAAACCUCGUCGGUUCUUACCUCCGGCAUCUUUGUAGGGUUUCAUUUUCCCACUUCUGCAAACUCAACAGCAUCUUAAAGUGCCAGUAUGGUCAGAAAAGUGACCUUGUCUAAAUGAAUGCCACCCUGGAGGUCUCCACUCCCUAAGUGUACUCAGAGUUCCAUCCUCUCGCUCUGCUGGUCAGUCCCACCAGCCCUGGAGGACUUGUGCAGCCUUGUGAGAAC